AUGGAGGUUGUGGUGCGUCCGGUUGUCGUAAACCGUCCCCAUGAAGACUUUGAUCGUGCUAUCGAUGACGUGCCAACUGUUCCUGAUGCUCAAUCUGGCCCUAAUUUGAUCCCAUUAAGUCAGCCAGGAGAUGGUCUGCAGAAAGAUUUAGCUGCGUGUAUCCCUUUGGCACAAACCAAUUGCAGAGAGACUCCUACUCUUGGGGUUGAUCCUCAUACCGAGGCACGUGGCUGCUUCGGUGAUGGUUUUAUUGCCUCCAACGGUCCUGAGUUUAGGAAUGAAGAGGAGCCAUAUGCCUUUGCUAUGGCUGCCGAUUCAGAUGAUGAUCGCCCGGUUGGUGAACUCACAGAGAGUGACAUUGAGAUGUUGCAACAUGUUUUUCCAGACGGUCGGGAUCCUAGAGUGCAUGAGUUCAGCGAUCUUAGUCUUUCUCAUCAGGCAAAUGCAGAGGGAAGGGAUGAUGAGCUGCUUGACGCUCCUGAGGCCGGUCCUAGCAUGAUGAUUGAAAAGGGUAGGGUCUUCAAGGACCUAACUUCCUUGAAGAGGUGGUUGCAGCAUUACGCAGUCUUACGUAAGAGGCUGUAUAGAGUACUUCAUUCUUACGAGAAACGUCGUUACACGGUUGUAUGCGACAAGGAUAACUGUUCAUGGAGGGUUUGUGCUAGGAUACAAAAGAUCACCGCAAAGUGGAAGAUAACAAAAGUAGUGGGGCCACACACAUGUGCUGAACAUGAGUUAACGAUGAAACAUCGCCAAUUGACAUCAACCCUCAUUGGGAAGCGACUUAUGGGAAUACUGCAGUCGGAACCAAAUAUGAAGGUUAGGACAAUCAUGAGGAUCGUGGAGAAUGUGUUUGAUGGGUACAAGAUAACAUAUGGUAAAGCUUGGAGGGCUAAGCAAUGUGUGUGGAAGAUGAUAUAUGGGGACUGGGAGUCUGGGUACGAGCAGCUACCUGUUCUUUUAAAUGCAAUGAAGGCGGUCAAUCCAGGCAUGCAUUAUGAGUACAUCCCUAAACCAAAUGCAUGGAUUGAUGGGAGACAAAUAUUCUUCCGUGCGUUCUGGUGCUUUCCCCAGUGUGUGGAUGCCUUCCGGCAUUGUCGUCCUGUCUUUUCAAUUGACGGCACGUUUCUUCUUGGCAAGUACCAGGGCACUCUUCUAAUUGCCAUAUCCGUUGAUGCAAACAACAAGCUAGUUCCCCUAGCAUUUGCUCUGGUUGAGAAAGAGAACAAAGACAGUUGGGGCUGGUUCCUGCGACUGGUCCGGAUACAUGUGGUUGGCCCAGGACGGGAAGUUGGUGUAAUAUCAGAUCGGCACCAGGGAAUACUCAACGCGGUCCGUGAGCAGAUCAAUGGGUACCCUCCUUUGCAUCACAGGUGGUGUACUCGACACCUUGCUGAGAAUCUUCUGCGUAAGGAUGGUGUCAAGGAUAACUUUGAGCUUUUCCAGGAGACAUGUCGACAGCUGGAAGACAAGUUCUUUAGAGAAAAGCGACUUUCAGUAGACUUGGUCAUAAUUCACGCACUUGUCGUUGGCAGAUUAGCGAGGAUGGCACAGUUCCACCUCCUCGACCCGUUCUACGACGAGAGCCACCGGGGGCGCCUUCUGUCGGAAGGCCAGGACCUAGCAACGCUUCGUUCUAGGACACACAAUGGGUUCCUAGACAUGGUGUUCGACGACAGGUACACUAAUUACCUCAGACGAGCAGGUCUAGAUGUAAUAUCUUACCAGUUACGACGCGGGUUGCCUACUAUUGAUUCGGCGGCCAUUACUGCACUUGUGGACAGGUGGCGGCCUGAGACACAUAGUUUUCAUCUUCCUUUUGGUGAGAUGACAGUCACAUUAGAGGAUACACAGAAGAUACUUGGACUCGAUGUUGGUGGCAGAGCAGUGACAGGCCAAUGUGACUCUGACGGUUGGAGGGCUAGAGUUGAGGCCUUUCUUGGUAGAGAGCUUCCUGCUGAGGGCGUUGAAAGGACUGCUGGAGUAGGCAUCACAUGGCUCCAUCAGUCUUUUGGUGUGUGCCCUGCUGAUGCUGAUGAGGCUACAGUCCAGUUCUAUUGUCGAGCUUGGAUCUUGCACAUGUUUGGUUGUGUCCUCUUCCCAGACGCCACAGGAGACUGCGCGUCCUGGAUGUACAUCCCAUGUCUAACCGACUGGGAUACAGCUGGACAGUACAGUUGGGGCUCCGCUGUGCUUUCUUUUUUGUACCGGCAGCUUUGUGAAGCUUGUCGUCGUACGUCCUCCUCUUCGUCUAUAGGCGGUUGCGUCUACCUCCUGCAGAUAUGGAUGUGGUUUCGCAUACCAGUUGGUCGACCACGUGUUUUCCAGCCUAGACCCUGACCAUGGAUGAUUUAUGGAAAUGAACGUCUUCGACCGACGUAUGCUUAUAUUUGGGACCAAGUGGCAGCUCCUUUUGCGAGAGCUAAGAGGGCAUACAUGGAGUAUGUUAACGAGUUUGACACCCUUUCUGCCUCUACCGUCACAUGGCAGCCAUACAACGCACCUGAGUAUGCUGGGAUGAUCUUUAGUGUAGUAUGCAGCAGUGAAGAUGAACUCUAUAUGAUGCAAUGUCCUUUGGUCUGUUUCUGGUGUGUUGAGUGGCACCUACCUCACAGGGUUCAGAGACAGUUUGGUAGGAACCAGCUAUGGCCGGUUGAAGAUGUUCCUACUUCAAAGGAGCUACACAAAUUUGACCGGCGGAAGCAAAAGAAGAUAACGGACUUUCGUCAACAUCAUCUGAUAUUUAUAAAUGAUUGGGAAUCGGGUGCUGAGAAUGUAUAUUCCAACGAUGAGUUGCACAACAACAGUGAUUACAGGCGGUACCAAGCUUGGUACCAGGGUGCGACUCGUUGUAAGCUUCGCCAGCAGUGGACAGCGGAAGACUACGCCGACAUUGAUUCUUCUGACGAUGAAGAAACGGAGUAUGACCUGUCCACUAGACUGGGAACCCAAGUGGAGGCGGCACCCAUAUUAGAUCGAGUGGGUAACACAUUGCGACGGUCGGUAGAGGACAUUGAUCGCCAACUUUUGACUAUGGGCGACAGCAGCAUGCGCAGCUUCUUGCAGGUAAGCCCACAUGCAUCGUUUAUAGCCUUUAGCGUGUUAUGAAUAUGUUGUAAACUAAUAUGUCUUUGGCAUGCAGCGUUUAUCUAGGCGCCUACGUGGAGCUGCUGCUCGUUGUGGCUGCAGGACUACUGUUGCACAUGACGUCCAUGUACCAUCGUGUACCGACACAGCAACGCCCUCCACAGGUCUUGGUGCUGGCUUCGACUACGAUCACGACGAGAUAGGACCUUCACAGCUUCAGGGGGCUCCUUCGACACAGCCAUUACAACCACAAGAUCGUAGGUGACACCGCUCUCCACAACGUUACACUCCAGGCACCGACGCUUUAGGCAAGGGUAAGACUAGGAGACGUUGAAUUGGUUUGGACUCUAUGGACUUGUUAUGUAACGUAUGAAUUAUAUAGACUUGUAAUGGACUCAUUUGGCCUCUACGGGCUUGUAUGACAUUUUAAUGGACUUGUAUGAAUUCUAUGGACUUGUAAUGAACUUGUUUAGACU